CUUAUAAAUUAAUCAUUUUCAACCUUUUUGUAAGAACACACAUAAGAUGUGUUAAAAUCUUGAAACUAAAAAUCUAAAUACCAAUAAUAAAUCAUCUCUCCAUCAACAAUGGGAAACGUUCUAAAGCCUCUCACAGAAGAUCCUCUUUCAUUUGCUUACGAGCCUCUCCUCAGCCCCCUAUGUUCGUUGGAUAUAGAAAACGAGGAUCUGAGAGUCUUCAGCAUCACGGAACUUGAGAAAGCAACGAACGACUUCAGAAAAGACAGGAGGGUAGAUGGCGAGGAUGGCUUUGUUCGAACGUUCUACAAGGGCUCCAUCGACGACACCUCAUCAAGAACUAAAACUAGAAUCUCUGUUUCUGUCAUGGAAUGUGUUCAAGAUAGUUUAGAGGCUAUAGAAGCGUGGAAGGAAGAGGUGAAGUCUCUAGGAGCACAUUCUCAUCCAAACUUGGUCAAAUUUUUGGGUUAUUGUUGUGAAGAUAAAAAAGCACUAUUGGUAUUCGAAUACUUGCAUAAAGGAACUUUGGAUCAUCACAUUCAUGGAAAGAAAGAGAUGUUGUCAUGGGCAACACGGGUUAAGAUAGCCAUUGGAACAGCUCAAGGUCUUGCAUUUCUCCACUCAAUCAACAACUCCUCCGUAUAUUUUGAACUCAGAAUGCAUAACAUCAUGCUCGACGAGGAAUACAACGCAAAACUGUUUUACCUUGAAACAAACAAAACAUGUCUGGACAAUCAAUGGACACUUGUGCAUGGACUUAAAUAUAUGUCUCCUGAAUGUAUGAUGACAGGUUGGUUUGAAUUGGAUACUGAUGUUUUCGCAUUUGGUGUGAUCUUGCUUGAGCUUUUUACUGGUUCGAAAGAUGGAGACUUACUUGCGCAUUUAAUGGCUUCGAAAGAAGGAGCAAAAGAGCUGAAGAAUAAAAGCUUAGAUGUAACUAGCACUAGACCUUUCUCGUUUACAGAAAUAAUUGACCCAGGACUGGAGAGAGAUUAUCCUGUGAAUGCGGCAAUGCAGAUGAGCACACUCAUUCAAAGAUGCACUGGGCACAAGCAUACACGACCGUCCAUGCAACAAGUUUUAGAUGUUCUGAUUCAUAUUGCAGAGAUUAAAUAGUAUCAAUAUGAUCGUUCAGUUGUAUUAAAAAAAAUACGCUAAAAUAUGAUUUAUUGUAUAUUAAUUUAUACAAAACUGA